UUUUUUAAAUAAACUAAAUUUUUCGAAAUAAAAAUAAAUUAAAACAGUUAUGACUAGAUAGAGAUACUCGCGACUGGUCAUAUUAUAAGAUAAGAGAUAUUACUGUGAUGGAUCAAGGUUAAAUGUUGGCUAUAUAAAAUUUAUUCUUGUUAUAUUAUUAGUGUGGCUGUAAUCAUUGUAACCAACACCUUAUACGUAUUCUACAAACAUGAUUAUAUAAUCGCAUUUAUUUAAUUUAUCGCAAAAUUGUAAUGUAACAGCUGUAGUAGCAAUUAAACAAGUGUUUUUCCUUUUUGAUUUAAUAAUAUUAUAUAGGAAACAUGACUUUUAAACCUGUUACUCAUGUGUUAUUUGAUAUGGAUGGGUUGAUAUUAAACACUGAAGAUCUUUACACAAUGGGUUUUCAAGAAAUUGCUUCGCGGUAUGGAAAACUUUUUACGUUUGAACUAAAAUGCCAAAUAAUGGGUCAACAAAGUAUAGAAUUAGCAAAAUCAAUAAUCGAGGCGCUGGAAUUACCCAUUUCCGUAGAUGAAUUUCUAGUUGAGACGCGGAAAAUUUUUAACGAUUUAUUUCCAUUAUGUUCAGUAUUGCCAGGAGUCGAGAGAUUAAUUAGGCACUUAAGCAAAUGUAAUAUUCCAUUAGGUUUGGCUACAAGUAGUAGUCAUGAAACAUAUGAAUUGAAAACUAAGAACCACAAAGAUCUGUUUGAUUUAUUUACUUAUAAAACAUUGGGAUCUUCAGACCCGGAUGUGAAACGAGGAAAACCACAUCCAGAUAUAUUUUACACGGCUGCUGCUAAGUUUCUCGAGAAACCUAACCCUCAACAAUGUCUGGUCUUUGAAGAUUCAUUAAAUGGGGUACAGGCUGCUACUGCAGCUGGCAUGCAAGUUGUAUUAAUACCAGAUUCUCGCCUAGACUAUUCAUUGGCUUCUGACGCUACACUGAUCAUUGAAUCAAUGGAGCAUUUUAAACCAGAAUUGUUUGGUCUCCCACCAAUACAAGAGUAGUAAGUGCAAAUAUAAUUAAACAAGUUUAUAUAUUUUUAAUGAAUAAAACAUGUUAUGUUGUUUAAACAAAUUU